AUGUUCACAAUCUCCGCCUUUUUCACAUUCGUGGUGUUCUAUUUGAAAAUAAAUGCGAAGAAAUCGUCAAAGAGUUUCCUUGAUGAACGGGACCUUGAUGAGGCCGAUGAUGACAAUGAAAAUGAUGAAAUUCAAAAGCUCUCUCAAAAAAAGUACUCCCGAGCUGGGGAUACCGCUAGUGUACCGUUACGACCUCCAGUGAGUCCGGAUACCGCGGCUCCCGAUGAAAUUCACGAAGACUUGGGCGAGGAUCUUGAUGAAAACUCUAACUCGGUGUAUCCUUAUUCUCAACACUUUCGCGUGUAA